GGGGAAUAUAAAGAGAUGGGUAGCCAAGCCCUUGCAACUAAUGAUCGUACGAGGACAUACUGGACACCCGUUUCUGAUCGAUUGUCAACCUCCUCACCGAGUGGUGGUUCCCCCUUCGCAACUGUUUUUCAAGUCAAUGGCAACACUCUCUCGCUUGCCCUCUUCACCGACGCCACCAAUUCCAAGGAACUCCUGGACUCUAUGCAAGCUGGGACACUAAAUCAUGAAGUAGCAUUUCUUAAUGCAUCACUUAUUCCAGAUGUUUUUCCUGUUCUAGCUGCUACACAUAAGACGCUUAUUUCCAAGUCGCGCGAGUCAUUGACUACACGAACUCUUCAUUCCAACUCGAUUUAACGCUUCUUCUGAUGAGAUGAAAGCCGUGGAGAAGCUUAUCGGUGG